UUCAGACGUCAACAUCAGUGAGUGUUUUAAAGCAAUACGUAUAAAAUAGUGCAAAUCUGUGCAAAAUCUGGAUUAAUUUUGGUUCGUUUAACGAUUUUUAGGUGAAAAUGAAUGAAACCAUUGCAAAUUCAACUACUUCCGUGCGAAGUGGUAAAGAUUUAUCUCUGGAUUCUCCGCUGUUGAAUUUGAUUCUGGCUGCAAGUUUGUUGAGUAGAAUCACUAGAUCGAAGUCUCCGCCGCCAUCUUAUUCACGAACGCCGCCAUUACCUUUGAGAUAUUCAGAGAAUUAUUAUGAGGCUUUACCAUGGUAUCCGCAUGAUGCUCAGCACUAUUAUAAACUGCAGACUUCUCUAAAUGCACAACAAACAAGUUAUCCGAUUAGGCAACAUAUUAUACACAUUCAUCAGCGGCCAUUGAAGGAAAAGCCAAAUCUGAAUCAAAAUGGUGGUGAUAAUGUGAAUAAUGUUAUGCAAACUACUACAACUGCAGUUGGUACGGAAAUGCCAAAAGUUGAAGAAAAUUCAACUGAAACUUUAAAUUCUCAAAAAAUAGAUGAUGAAAUGGUUGGAUCUUCAAGUAAUCAACUUACUCAAGAAUUAAAAGACUUUUUGACGGAUUUCUUUAGAAAAAACGUUCCAACAAUUCAACAAAUUCAAUCUCAGAAUUCUGCUGCUCCAGAAAUUUCAAAUUCAGAAAAUAAUAAAGUUGUAGAUGGAUUACCAGAAAUAACCUUGGACCAAAUAUCUCAAGAAAUGUCCGAAAACGGUCCAGAAGUAACAUCUGAUCAAUUGGUGGAAAACAUGUCAGAAACAAUGGUAGACAAAAUCGCGGAAAAUUUGUCAGAAAACGCAACUGAAAAUGAAGUUAAACACAUGUCGGAAUCAGUGAUUCAGAAUUUACCAACGAGUAUUCUAGAAAACAUUCCACCUGAGAUGUUGGAGAAAAUAUCUGAGAAAAUUUCCGAACAGAUUUCUGAAAAACUUUCCGAAAAAUUUUCCAAAGAUGUUUCAAAUCAUAUGUUGGAAAAAUUAGCCCAAUUAAUCCCAGACACAAAUAAACCAGCGGAUGAUACAGUUUUAGAAACCUAUUCGGAGAAUCAAUCAAAAGAAAAUGAAAUAAAUAGAGAUUCACAAGAAAAUUUCCCUGUUAUCUCAGAAAACGAAGGAGAACUUCCCGAAAAAGAUAGUCAUAUAAAAUUUGUAGAUACAGAAAAUUCUGAAACUGCAACUGAUGCAGAUUAUAGAGAAGGAGCGGCUUCUAGUAUUGAUCUUCAAGCAUCAGAAACACAAAAAUCUCAGAAUACAAAAAAUUCCAGAACAACAGAUGAUGAAUAUGUUUUCGCUGGAGAUGAAGAAGACGAGGAUGACGAAGAAGAUGAUGAUGACACCAUAGAAGAACCAGAAAUGGAUGUAGAACAAAACCUACCAAAAAGAGUAUCACCUAAAUUUUCCCAGAAAAUCAGAAUAACAACAGAAUCCACUCUAAGAAAAAAUUCCAAAGGAAAAUUGAGCCAAAAUCAUGAACAAACACAAGAACGAAUCAACUCCAAAAAACCAUCUCCCAAUAAACGUAGAACCACACCUGCCACAUUAAUUUACGAUGAAUAUGACCAAGCCACGCCUGUUACCCAAAAGAAAAAGGUACAAUAUUACAAUGGUAACAUCAAAAACCCAAAUCAAAGGAAACCCAAACCUACGGAUAACGAAUACGAUGACGAAGAAACUCCCCAGAGACAAAUCCAAGGUCAAGGCCAAUCAAAACCCAAAAAUAACAAAAAUUCACAAAGAAGGCGUACCACCACUACAACCACACCCACCUACGAUGAAUACUAUAACGAUCCAGUUGACCAAGACUAUUCUGGUCAAGACCAAAACAAUCCAGACUAUGAAGAAGAAGUGACAACCAAGCCCCGCCCAGGCAGACGUACAACUCGCCGAGCAAUCCAACGUCAGCAGGAUAUCACCACAGUCCCGACAACAGUCACAGACACUGACUUAACUGACGCGACAACUUUAACUCCCACCACACCUUCAACCACAACCACAAUGUCAGCAGCCAACGCCACCUCUGGAGAGUAUCCAUAUUAUGGUAACAAUAACUAUAACAAUAUAAGCAUUACCUAUGGUCCUCCCGUGCAUCAUUAUCCUGGAUAUGGACCAUCUAACGGUAAUGAACAGAUUAGUUUUACGUACGCUCCGCCUAGUAGCAGUGGUCAGGGCGGAAACCUUGGUGGAUUUACAGCUGUGAGCGGAGGCGGAGCAAGUGGAUCGGGCGUGGCCGCAGCAGGCGUGGCUCCCAUGCUGGACAGCUGGUAUAAUCAGUAUGCUAGGACUUCUAUGUACAAGAGAAUACAAGAUCUUCUCACACCGAAUAAUUUCUACAAUCAGUAUGAUGUUAAUUAUAAUGAUCCAUCGGUUUAA